GAGCUAGCCUGCUAGCAGAAGGGUCAUUUCCUAGCUGUGGUUCCGUGGAGGUCAAGGUCUGGCAGGACGUGCGGUCAGAUUUCGCGCCCUGAGCGCGUGACCAAGCCGACUCCGCCCUGGUAUUUUGCCUUUCCCGCGUGCACCCUCCCCCUCCCGCCCCUUCAGGGAGGUUGACCAAUGGGGGCCCUACGUAGGAGCUGGGGCCGCCCUGGUGGGCGGGGCUGCUGCGCGAGGGAGCUGCUCCCGUCAGACGCCCAGCAUUCCUUCGGGCCCCGACUUGGCAGGAGGGUCCCGGGCUUCGAGCGAGGGGCGGACGGACGGCGAAGACGGCGUGCGUGCCCUGCGUGAGUGCGUGCGGCGGCGCGUGCGCGAAGAGUGGGUAGUGUGGCCCGGCUCACGUGUGUCCCUGCCCGGGACCCCCGCGGCUUGGCGCCCCUCGCCUCCAUGACCCGAAACACCCCAGCAUCCGCGCCCCGCCCCGAGCCGCCGGUCCCGUUUGCCCUUCCUGCAGAUCCCGCAGGCCCCGCAGCUUCGGCCGGCGGCCACGCAUCGCCAUGGUGAUUGUGGGCAACUACUGCGAGGCCGAGGGGCCCUUGGGGCCGGCAUGGGUGAAGGGUGGCCUGAGUCCCUGCUUCUUCUUCACGCUUAUGCCCUCGAUACUGAUGGCCCUGGGGGCUCUGGCCGUGGUGCUAGCCCUUCCCUGCAAGCGCCGGGAGCGGCCAGCUGGCGCCCGCGAGCUGUCCUGGAGUGCCGGCCCUCUUGUCGCUUCCUAUGUGCUGCAGCUGCUUCUGGCCAUCCUUCAGGUGGCGCUGCCCCUAGCUACCCUGGUUGGCCGGGUGGGCACUGCCGGGGGCGCCCCGCUGCCGGGCUACCUACUGCCGGCUUCCAUACUGGGGACUCUGGCCGGCGCCUGUGGCCUGGGGCUGCUCGUGGUGGAACAUAACCAGGCCUGGAAGAAGCUAGCAAUGGGCAUCUGGAUCGAGUUCAGGCACAGCUCGGGUCUCCUGCUCCUGUGGACUGUGGCAUUUACAGCUGAGAACUUGGCCCUCGUGUCUUGGAACAACCCACUGUGGUGGUGGGCGCGUGCAGACUUGGGCCAGCAGGUUCAGUUUAGCCUGUGGGUGCUGCGGUAUGUGGUCUCUGGAGGGCUUUUUAUCCUGGGACUCUGGGCCCCCGGACUUCGUCCCCAGUCCUAUGCCUUGAAGGUUAAUGAAGAGGAUCAAGACGUAGAGAGGAUCGAGGUUCAGUCAACAGAGGCACCACCACCAAGAUCUACAUGGCGAGACCUUGGCAGGAAGCUUCGUCUCCUGAGUGGCUACCUGUGGCCACGAGGGAGUCCAGUUCUGCAGCUGGUUGUGCUCCUCUGCCUGGGGCUCAUGGGGUUGGAACGGGGACUGAACGUGUUGGUCCCCAUCUUCUAUAGGGACAUAGUGAACUUGCUGACUAAGAAGGCACCUUGGAGCUCCCUGGCCUGGACCGUUACCACCUUUGUCAUCCUCAAGUUCCUUCAGGGGGGUGGCACUGGCAGUACAGGCUUUGUGAGCAACAUGCGAACGUUCCUGUGGAUCCGGGUACAGCAGUUCACGUCACGGCAGGUGGAGCUGCGCCUCUUCUCCCACCUGCACGAGCUCUCCCUGCGCUGGCACCUGGGGCGCCGUACAGGAGAGGUUCUACGGAUUGUGGACCGGGGCACAUCCAGUGUCACAGGGCUGCUCAGCUACCUGGUGUUCAACGUCCUCCCCACGCUGGCUGACAUCACCAUCGGCAUCAUCUACUUCAGCAUGUUUUUCAACGCCUGGUUUGGCCUCAUCGUGUUCCUCUGCAUGAGUCUUUACCUCAUUGUGACCAUUGUGGUCACUGAGUGGAGAACAAAGUUUCGACGUGCUAUGAACACACAGGAGAAUGCUACCCGGGCCCGAGCUGUGGACUCUCUGCUAAACUUUGAGACGGUGAAAUAUUACAACGCCGAAGGUUACGAAGUAGACCGCUACCGAGAGGCCAUCCUCAAGUAUCAGGAUUUGGAGUGGAAGUCAACCGCUUCACUGGUUUUACUAAAUCAGACCCAGAACCUGGUGAUUGGACUCGGGCUCCUUGCUGGCUCCCUGCUUUGCGCAUACUUCGUCAGUGAGCAGAAGCUACAGGUCGGGGACUUCGUGCUGUUUGGCACCUACAUCAUCCAGCUGUACAUGCCCCUCAACUGGUUUGGCACCUACUACAGGAUGAUCCAGACAAACUUCAUCGACAUGGAGAACAUGUUCGACCUGCUGAAAGAGAAGCCGGAAGUGAAGGACCUCCCCGGAGCAGGGCCCCUGCGCUUUCAGAGGGGCCAGAUUGAGUUUGAGAAUGUGCACUUCAGCUAUACCAGUGGGCGAGAAACCCUGCAGGAUGUGUCCUUCACCGUCAUGCCAGGACAGACACUGGCCCUGGUGGGCCCAUCGGGAGCAGGGAAGAGCACAGUGUUGCGCCUGUUGUUCCGUUUCUAUGACAUCAGCUCCGGCUGCAUCCGAAUAGAUGGGCAGGACAUCUCACAGGUGACCCAGAUCUCCCUCCGGUCUCACAUCGGAGUCGUGCCCCAGGACACCGUCCUCUUCAAUGACACCAUCGCUAAUAACAUCCGCUACGGCUGCAUCACAGCUGGGGACGAGGAGGUGAUGGCUGCUGCUCAGGCCGCAGGCAUCCACGAGGCCAUUUUGACUUUCCCCGAAGGAUAUGAGACGCAGGUGGGCGAGAGGGGCCUCAAGUUGAGUGGUGGGGAGAAGCAGCGUGUGGCCAUCGCUCGCACCAUUCUCAAGGCUCCAGACAUCAUUCUGCUGGAUGAGGCAACGUCAGCGCUGGAUACGUCUAACGAGAGGGCCAUCCAGGCCUCUCUGGCCAAAGUCUGUGCCAACCGCACCACCAUCGUGGUCGCGCACAGGCUCUCAACUGUGGUCGACGCUGACCAGAUCCUCGUCUUUAAGGAUGGCUGCAUUGUGGAGAGAGGACGGCACGAGGCUCUGUUGUCCCGAGGUGGCAUGUAUGCAGACAUGUGGCAGCUGCAGCAGCGGGGACAGGAAGAAGUCUCUGAGGACGCCAAACCCCCAGACUGAGACUGGUGACCAAAGCUGUGGCCACGUCCCUCCUGAAGGAUAACUCAGAAGGGAAUAAGACGUAUCCCUUUUCUGGCACAUUUCAUCCCGCUGUUGGGUUAUGGUGCUAGCUAUAGCGGGGGAAAAGAACCUUUCAGAAAAGCACUUUUUGGGGAAAUAAAAGUGUGGACUAUGCUA